AUGGCGGUGGCCACGGUGCUAGGUUCCCUGGGCGCGGUGGCCCUGGGCACCUUCGUGGUGGCCCUGCUGCUGCAGUGGCUCUGGGAUGCGCUGGUGGCUGUCACCCGAUUCCGGGCCACUUGUCGCCAGCUGAACAAGUUCCCCGUCCCGCCCUGGCGCAAUUGGUUGCUGGGACACACCGGCAUGGGCCAGAGCACGGAGGAAGGCCUACAGCAGGUGGACACCUUGGUGGCCCAGUACCGCCAUGGCUGCCUCUGGUGGGGACUUCCCUGGCUGCCUGUCCUGCGCCUCUUCCACCCCAGCACCCUCCGGCCUCUCCUCAGUGCCUCAGGAGAGGGGCUGCUGCUGAGCAAUGGGCAGCGCUGGGCGAAGCACCGGCGACUCCUGACACCCGCCUUCCAUGGGGAUGUGCUCCGGAAUUACCUGGGAAUCUUCAACCAGAGCACCCGUGUGCUGCUCGCCAAGUGGGGGGCAGCAGCAGUGGCAGCUGGUGGGGGGCCGGUGGAGUUGGAGGUGCUGCAGCCCCUGAGCCUCCUCACCCUGGACACGCUCCAGAAGUGCAUCUUCAGCCACGAGAGCCACUGCCAGGAGCGGCCCAGCGAGUACAUCCAGGCCAUCCUGGAGCUGAGCUCGUUGGUGGUCCGGCGCCAGCUCCGGCCACUUCUCCACCCGUGGUGGCUCUACAGCCUCUCCUCUGAUGGCCGGCGCUUCGCCCGUGCCUGUGCCACUGUCCACGCCUUCACUGCUGAUGUGGUGCAGCGCCGGCGCCAGGCACUCGCCUGCCUGGGCCACCAGGCCUGGCUGGAUGGCCACCGGGGACACAGCAUGGACUUCAUCAACCUCCUGCUGCUCACCAAGGACCAGAACGGCCACACCCUGUCGGACGAGGACAUCGCGGCUGAGGCUGACACCUUCAUGUUUGAGGGCCAUGACACCACGGCCAGUGGCCUGGCAUGGCUCUUCUACAACCUGGCUGGCCACCCUGAGCACCAGGAGCGAUGCCGCCAGGAGGUCCAGGAGCUCCUGGCUGGCCGGGACACUGCGGACAUUGAAUGGGAGGACCUGUCCCAGCUGCCCUUCACCACCAUGUGCAUCAAGGAGAGCCUGUGGCUGCACCCUCCUGUCACUGCUGUGUCCCGGCGCUGCACCGAGGACAUCCCCCUGCGUGAUGGCCGUGUCAUCCCCAAGGGGGUCAUCUGUCUGAUGAGCAUCUACGGGACCCACCACAACCCAGACCUCUGGCCCGAGCCUGAGGUGUUCAACCCUCUGAGGUUCAGCCUGGAGAACAGCAAGGGACGGUCCCCGUCAUCCUUCAUCCCCUUCUCUGCUGGCCCCAGGAACUGCAUCGGGCAGAGCUUUGCCAUGGCUGAGAUGAAGGUGGUAGUGGCAUUGACACUGUCCCGGUUCGUGCUGCGGAGGGACACGGCGAGGCCACCCCCGCGCCGCAAGCCCGAGCUGAUCCUGCGUGCCGAGGACGGGCUCUGGCUGCUGCUGGAGCCACUGGUGAGAGUGUCCUGAGGGACACGGCUCACCAGGACACGGGGACAUCCUGCAAGGCAGGUGUCACAGCCAGGGGAGGAGCAGGGAAUAAAUGGUGGCAUGAAGGGAACAGUAUCGUGGUGGUGGUGGGGAUGUGUUGUCCUUGGUCAUGGGCCACCUCAUGGCAUGGACAUGUCAACCCAUGGACUUGUCCCCCAGGCCACUUGGCACCAUCCAUGGCCACGUCCCCCAUGUCCUCAUACAGCCCCAUGUCACCAUCUAUAUCUGUGACCCCCCACCCAUGCCCAGUAUCGCCAUCCACAGCCAUGUCCACACCCAUCUCCUUGUCCAUGUCCCCAUCCCCAUCCCCACCAUGUCCCCCAAUGUCACCAUCCAUGUCUUAGUUGAAUAUCUUUAUGUUACCCCAAUGUCUGGGUGAAGGGAUGAAGAAAAACGAAAGAAAAUCAAGGCCAAAAUAAAAGGAUUUACAUGUCCAUGCUGGCUGAGUAUCCAUGUGCUUGGGUGGGUAGGAAGGACCUUUUUUAGAGGAAUUUCCACUCAAUUGUCUCAAAAAUCCUGUUUUUUUGCUCCAGUCCAUCACCAUUUGGCUGUGAAAGAUGCCUGCAGACCAGAGAGAAUGAGAAUCAUGGAAUGAUUCAGGUUGGAGAAGACCCCCAACACCAUCCAGUAUUCCUCGAUGCCACCAGAAGAAAUGAUUGGAUGCAAAAGGUGAGAUUUUUUUGGGGUCAAAAGUAAAAAAACUGCGCUGUCCCCAGUGAAUUCCUGAGGUCAGUUUGCAUCCCAAUGAUUUUUCUCCUGCUGUGUCCAAGUGCCCAAGGGGAGACAGAAAGAUGUGGGGACCACCAGCCAGGUGUCUUCCUAACGUGGAUGACCAGGACCAUGGCUC